GUUCAGGCUCAUCAUGACGGAGAUGUGGGACUCAAACUCUUCAGAAAACUGGCAUCACAUUUGGAGUGUCAAUGACACAAAGCACCAUCUGAACUCAGAAAUUAAUAUUUUCUAUGUGAACUACUAUCUUUACGAGCCUCAAGUGGCAGCAAUCUUCAUUAUUUCCUACUCUCUGAUCUUCUUCCUGUGCAUGGUGGGAAAUACAGUGGUUUGCUUUAUUGUCAUGAGGAACAAACAUAUGCAUACAGUCACUAAUCUCUUCAUCUUGAACCUGGCAAUAAGUGAUUUACUAGUUGGCAUAUUCUGUAUGCCUGUCACACUGCUGGACAAUAUUAUUGCAGGAUGGCCAUUUGGAAGCACAAUGUGCAAGAUCAGUGGAUUCGUCCAGGGAGUAUCGGUUGCAACUUCCGUCUUUACUUUAGUUGCAAUCGCAGUGGACAGGUUCCGGUGUGUUGUUUACCCUUUUAAACCAAAGCUCACUAUCAAAACUGCAUUUGUCAUUAUUGUGAUCAUCUGGGUCCUGGCCAUCGCCAUUAUGUCUCCAUCUGCAAUAACGUUACAUAUUCAAGAAGAUAAAUAUUUCCGAGUGAGACUCGACUACCAGAAUAAAACCAGCCCAGUCUACUGGUGCCGAGAAGACUGGCCAAAACAAGAAAUGAGGAAGAUCUACACCACUGUGCUGUUUGCCAACAUCUACUUGGCUCCCCUGUCUCUCAUCGUCAUCAUGUAUGGAAGGAUUGGAAUUUCACUCUUCAAGGUGUCAGUGCCCCACACAGGGAAGGAAAACCAGGAACAGUGGCACCUGGUGUCCAAGAAGAAGCAGAAGGUCAUUAAGAUGCUCCUGAUCGUGGCCUUGCUUUUCAUUCUCUCCUGGCUGCCCCUGUGGACUCUGAUGAUGCUCUCAGACUAUGCUGACCUGUCUCCAAAUGAACUGCAGGUCAUCCAUGGCUAUGUCUACCCUUUUGCACACUGGCUGGCCUUUUGCAACAGCAGCAUCAACCCCAUCGUUUAUGGUUUUUUCAAUGAGAAUUUUCGCCGUGGUUUCCAAGAUGCUUUUCACCUCCAGCUCUGCCAAAAAAGAGCAACACCCAAGGAAGCCUACGCCCUAAGAGCUAAAAACAAUGUAGUCAUAAAUACGUCUUGUCAGUUAGCCCAGGAACCCACAAUUCAAAACCCACAUGAGAAAAAUUGGCUUUGCAGGAAAAGUGCUGAAAAACCCAAGCAGGAAUUAAUGAUGGAGGAAUUAGGAGAAGCUACCAAUAGCAAUGAGAUUUGACAAGAGCUAGUGUGAUGAUUUUCACUCUACUGUGUUGUAUAUUGAACUACUGUUGCUUUCUGUGGCUUUGCGCUUCAAUUCUUUCUAAGAAUAUUCUAAACAAAUAUGUACCGAAAGCUCUUUCUGGAAAAAAAAAAUAAACAAAAUGGUCUUAUGUUCAUAACCAAUCUUAUGGUAUAUAAAAAUAUGUACAGUAACUCAUAUACAAAUUUGCCUGAAUAAAUCCAUUUUCUAGGAACAGUU